AUAAUUUUAAAUUUUUUCUCUCACCCUGAUCUUCGCAUCUUCUUUACGGAAUUUUCAUGUUGUAUCACAUUUAAAAAUUAACAGAUUUCCCUUUCACCGACUGAGACCUCUCUCCCAUCUCUUGACCCAAUGGACACUCCGAGAUCUUCUUCUCUUUCUUUGGUUAAAAAAUCUCUGUCUCUCUCUUACUUUAUCAACAGUAUUUAACUUCAGUUUGCUGGAAAAGCAAAAUCUGAUCAUCUCUGAUCUGAUCUUUUCAAUUUCUCUUUUUAACCAUAUUUUCAUGCCCCAAACAGCUGCCGCCUUUCAAGAAUUUCUUGCAUACUCUGAUCUGCUGUCGUUGUGUUCAACUCCAAACCAAGAAAGAGAGACUAUUUCUACUUCUGCUUCUAUAUCUUUUCUUUGCUUCAUUUGAUUAAUUUUACCAAUAUUUUCUUUCUCAAAAAGAAAAGAAACCCUUCUUUUCUCUCUUUCUUUCUCAUCAAAUCUCAUGGAAGCCAUGCAAAAUACCUCAAGUGAAAUGGCCUAAUUUCAUCACUUUUUUCAAUUCCUCAGCAGAGAAAAGGAAACUGUGUUUUCUUUGCUCUUUAGUUUAGCUUCAUAUAUAUCUCUAUUUUCCUCAAAAAGCAAGAGAAUAUGGAAAUAUACAAUCUGAUUUCUUUGUCUCCGAUCGUCCUCAGAAGGAAGUGAAACCCUAAAAAAAAGCAUCGAAACAAGAAGCAAAGAUAACAUCAUCAACGGGAAAAGCUGGAGCUGCCAAGAUCCUUUAACACCCAAGAAAAGAUGGACUUGGUUUCCCCACAAAACAACCCACUUAACUAUUCAAUCCCGAUGGUAGGCUCAAACACCAUAGAAACUAUAGCUAACAACAACAUCAUCAGCACUGCAACGCCCACUUAUAGUACGACAACUCCACCUCCAUCGACCACUCCAAGCCGCUAUGAGAACCAGAAGCGUAGAGAUUGGAACACCUUUUGCCAAUACCUGAGGAACCAUAGGCCUCCACUGUCUCUUUCAAUGUGUAGUGGUGUUCAUGUCCUUGAGUUUCUUAGGUAUCUCGAUCAAUUUGGCAAGACCAAAGUUCAUAACCAGACUUGCCCUUUCUUUGGCCUCCCUAACCCUCCUGCUCCUUGCCCUUGUCCUCUUAGACAAGCUUGGGGUAGCCUUGAUGCACUCAUUGGCCGCCUCCGGGCUGCUUAUGAGGAGCAUGGAGGUAGGCCAGAAGGGAACCCUUUGGGAUCUAGAGCUGUCAGGAUUUACUUAUGGGAGGUCAGGAAUUUCCAGGCCAAAGCUAGAGGGGUUAGCUAUAAGAAGAAAAGAAAGAGGCCUAAGCAGAAGGUAGCAGCUCAACAACCAGCUCCAGCACCAGCAAUAAUUGCUGAUGCCACUGUUGCAAAAAGUACUGUAUAAUUGGAAGAAGGAUAGGGUCUUUUUGCAUCAGCAAUUGUCCUGAUGAAAUGGUUUUAUGGGUUUUGUUUUUAUAAGGUAUUUCUCUUUCUCUACUCGAGUUGAUACUUCAAUGGCCUAAUUGACAAUGUUAGAUAAUUAUAUAUAUUUGAUGGUAUAAGCCAACCCCAAUAGUAGAUAUUGUAAUCUCUAUGUUAUUUUAUAUAUAUAUAUAUAUAUAUAUAUAUAUAUAAAGAUUAUGAAAUUUAUUUGUUAAUUUGGUUGUUGAAUUGAUAAGAUUCAAAUUCGAGUUUCGUUAU